GGGAAGCAAAGAGAAAAAGAGGAAGCAGCAAUACGCGCACCUAGUCAUUGCGCCUGCCAAUCAGUGCACGGUUUGGAAUCACCAGCUGCUGUAUCAAGGGGGAGAUGGUGCUAUUGUAGUGGACUUGGUCGCUACACCUCUUAUCAAUGGACUUCAUUCGCACUAGACGUUCAUAAGAGGGAGCGCGGGAAGUAGGGAAAGCUUCCUCCCAUCGACAUGGACGUUGAGGCUAACUUCCAUUUCGAAGACUGUCGCACCGAACUGGACGUGCGAUUAAGAUGACCUACUAUUACACAGGCUUUGUGAGGAGCCCAGGUGGGCUCCUCAAAAUGAUUCAGAUCCUGAUCGGCCUGGUGCUGAUGCUGAUCUUGAUGGCGGGUCACUAUGAUACCAGCACUGGGCUGUACAGGCUCCGGAUCGACGCUUUUCUCAUGACCAUGACCGUGUUCACCUUCAUCCUCACUUCUGCGCUCAUCUUCAUGUGCACCAUCAUGGGCGAGACAGACUUGCCAAAUUCUAUAAUGUACCGCAUCAACUACCUCCUUGCCACAGUCACCUACCUGCCCUUCACCAUCGGGUUCAUUUUUGAAGAAUACAUGCAUGGUGAUAUCAACCAGACCAUAGCGGGAGGCGUCCUGAGCAUCACCAACUCAUUUGUGUACAUGUUUAACCUAUGCAUUAGCUACGAACCACGCUGCCUCAAACCCCGAAAAAAGAGUAAACUCGGCACGUUCAAGAAGACGAAAGGGAAGAAAAAGAAGGGAAGCAAAAAGGGCGCGAAGAAAGGAAAGAUUUCUACCUUGACUGGCGUCGAUAUCGUUGGACCUAUCCCGAGUGUGCGUACUGAACGUGAUAUCCUCGCCAAGGGAGACACGGACACGUACCAGAAGUUUCAACAAAUGGAGCAGGUAAGCCGUCUGGCUAAGAUGGAUCCUGACUAUGUCAUGCAGCACCUGAACUACAUGGCGCUUCGACCAACUCCGCCACCGAGUCCAGCGCUGCUCACCGGCUUCUCAGGCUUACCAGAUAAUCAGUACACAAACGAGUCCCUGCUACCUCCAAAGCCAGAGCCGAGACACCGUCGCUCCUAUGAUCUUGAUGAUGACCCCUGGGAACAGGACACGAGACCGACCAGGCGAACAAUAUACGCCAAGUACACGGACACAUUUCUGCCCGGGGACGAAGAAAUUUUCAAUCAGAAGCCCACGGGUAAAGAGUACAUAAUCCCCAUCAACGUGGAAGGCCGAGGUGAAAUGCCAAUCAAGAGCGCUCUCAAACGUCCAGAGACCCCAAUUAGCACGCCCAUGCCGACGACAGACGCCACGACACCAGGUACCACGUCCGGAGUGACAGAUACCAGUGUGACGACUCAGACGACCGCUAGUCCUGGCAAAAAGAAGGGCGCAAAGAAGGGUAAGAAAAAGAAGAAGAAAGGGAGUAAGAGUAAAAAGAGUUCCAAGAAAAAAGGUAGUAAGAGUAAGAAGAGCAAGAAGAAAAAGGGCAGCAAGGGCAAAAAAAGCAAGAAGAAGAAGAAAAAGAAGAAGAAGAAAGGCAGUAAAAGCAAGAAGAGUAAGAAAAGCAAAAAGAGCAAGAAAAAAGGCAGCAAGAAGAGCAAGAAAAGUAAAAAGAAGAAAAAAUGAUGGACAUUGUAAAAGGUAGUAUGUGGAUGUUGGUGCAUGGUUUUAUGUUUCUCGUCUGAGGACUCUGUAAAUGGCGCUGCCGUUAUGUGUACAUUCAUGCCGUUAUCGUGGGCGUCGGUACAAUGUUAAUAAAGUACAUUGUUA